UUGCUAUAUAUUCUGAAGCGGGCCACAAACCAGUAUCAUUGAUCCCAGUGACUUCAGCAUCAGUGUACAGAGCAGCUCUCAAGUGACAAUGGCAUUCAAGUUUGUCGUCUUCCUCGCUUCCCUGGCCGUUGCCAGCGCUGGAUACCUGCAGGAAGCUCCAUUGUCCUACAGCACUCUGUCACAUGCUGCCCCACUGGCCUACAACAGCUACGCCCAUGCUGCUCCAUUGGCGUACAACAGCUACGCUCAUGCCGCCCCGGUGACCUAUGCUGCCCAUGCCAGCUAUGCCACCCCGGCCAUCGGAGCUACCCACGAGAGCACUGUCCGCUCCCAUGAUGCUACCGUGUCCCACUACUCCAAGGCCGUCGACACGCCAUACUCGAGCGUCCGCAAGUCUGAUACCCGCAUCACCAACGAAGCCCCCAAGCUUGCCUACGCUAGCUAUGCUGCCCCAGCUGUCGCCACCUACGCCCAUGCUGCUCCAGCUGUGUCCUACGCCAAGCAGGUCAGCUAUGCCACCCCAGCUGUCGCCACCUAUGCCCAUGCCGCUCCAGUCACCACCUACGCUCAUGCUGCCCCAGUUGCUGUCGCUAAGCAGGUCAGCUAUGCUGCCCCAGCCAUCUCUACCUACGCCCAUGCUGCCCCAGCCGUGUCCUAUGCUGGUUCUUAUGCCCCAGCUCUGUCCUACGCCCAUGCUGCCCCAGCUGUUGCCACGUACGCUCAUGCUGCUCCAGUGACCGUUGCCAAGCAGGUUAGCUAUGCUGCCCCAGCUCUGACCACCUACGCCCAUGCUGCCCCUGCUGUGGCCACCUACGCCCAUGCCACCCCGGCCAUCGCCUCGCACUCCACAGUUGCCCAUGUUGCCUACGACGGUAGCCACUACAAUAUUUACAACAUUUCAACAAUUGAAAUCAAAAACACCUUAGAAAGCGUAAUGGGCGUGGCUACCGUCGUAGGCAACAUGGGCAACGGUGGAGUGCGAGGCGAUGGCCGGGGUGGCAUGGGCGUAGGUGGCCACAGCAGGGGCAGCAUGGGCGUAGGUGGUCAGAGCCGGGGCAGCAUAGCUAACCUGCUUGGCAACGGUCACUGGAGCAGCAUGAGCGUACGUGGCAACAGCUGGGGCAGCAUGGGCGUAGGAAAGAGCUGGGGCAUAAGAACCAGCAUAGGACACGGCUGGGGCAGCAUGGGCGUAGGUGGAGAUGGCUGGGGCAGCAUAGCUGACCUGCUUAGCGACAGCAACUGGGGCAGCAUGGGCGUAGGUGGCGACAGCUGGGGUGGCAUAGCUGACCUGCUUGGCGUAGGACACAGCAGGAGCGGCAUGGGCGUAGGUGGUCAGGGCUGGGGCAGCAUAGCUGACCUGCUUGGCGUAGGUGGCAACUGGAGCGGCAUGGGCGUAGGUGGCGACAGCUGGGGUGGCAUAGCUGACCUGCUUGGCGUAGGUGGCAACUGGAGCAGCAUGGGCGUAGGUGGCGACAGCUGGGGCAGCAUAGCUAGCGUAGGCCAGCUUGGGGGCCUCGUUGGUGAUGCGGGUAUCAGACUUGCGGACGCUCGAGUAUGGCGUGUCGACGGCCUUGGAGUAGUGGGACACGGUAGCAUCAUGGGAGCGGACAGUGCUCUCGUGGUCCUGUCCGUCGGUACGGUAUCAUUGAUCACAGUGACUUCAGCAGCAACGCACCACAACACCAUCCCUCACUUACCCAGCAUAAUGGCAUUCAAGUUCGUCGUCUUCCUCGCUUCGUUGGCCGUUGCCAGCGCCGGAUACCUGGAGGCUCCGGUUGCCCACUACUCGCCGGCCUCGUCAGUCAGCUACAGCAGCCUGGCCCACGCCGCUCCUCUGGCCUACGCCGCCCCGCUGGCCACCAAGACCGUUGCGUACUCGUCCCCGGCCAUCGGAUCCACCCACGAGAGCACCAUCCGUGGUCAUGAUGCCACCGUGUCGCACCACUCCAAGGCCGUCGAUACCGCGUUCUCGAGCGUCCGCAAGUCCGACACCCGCAUCACCAACGAAGCCCCCAAGCUGGCGUACACCAGCUACGCUGCCCCGGCUCUGACCACCUACGCCCAUGCCCCGGUCGCCACCUACGCCCACGCCGCCCCAGUUGCCACCUACGCCAAGCAGGUUAGCUACGCUGCCCCAGCCGUCACCACCUACGCCCAUGCUGCCCCAGCUGUCGCUACCUACGCUCAUGCUGCCCCAGUCGCCACGUACGCCCAUGCUGCCCCGGUUGUGGCCGCCCAUGCCACCAAGACCCUGACCUACUCGCCAGCCGUCGAGGUCGCCCAUGUCUCGUACGAGGGAGCUCAUGCCCAUUAUGCCUGGUAAACACAUUGCCGCACACGAGGAAACUAUCCUGAUACAAUGAUCACAGUGAAGCGUUGUGUCUAUUUUUAUUGAAAUGUCUGUUGUUGUUUUGUUAUGGCAGCACACGCGUCCAACGUCAUCGGAAGUGUGUUUUGAAUAAAAUAGAUGCAAUACAAAA